AUGAGACUGGUCCUGUACUUUCUGACACUGCUGAGUUCCACUUGUGUCAUUUCAACAUAUGGACCACAUCAAAGAGCUCAGAUGACAGGGGACAUUCUCCUUGGUGGACUAUUCCCAAUACAUUUUGGGGUCACAUCCAAAGACCAAGACCUAGCAGCUCGGCCCCAGUCUACACAAUGUGUCAGGUUUAAUUUCCGGGGUUUCCGCUGGCUCCAGGCCAUGAUUUUUGCGAUUGAAGAGAUAAACAACAGUAGCACCCUACUGCCCAACAUCACACUGGGAUACAGAAUCUUUGAUACUUGCAACACAGUGUCUAAAGCUUUGGAGGCAACUUUAAGCUUUGUAGCGCAGAACAAGAUCGACUCCCUCAAUCUAGAUGAAUUCUGUAACUGUACAGACCACAUACCAUCGACCAUUGCAGUAGUGGGAGCGGCAGGGUCAGCUGUUUCCACUGCAGUUGCCAACCUUCUAGGCCUGUUUUAUAUUCCCCAGAUCAGUUAUGCCUCCUCCAGCCGUUUGUUGAGUAACAAGAACCAGUACAAGUCUUUCAUGCGUACCAUUCCCAAUGACGAGUACCAGGCCACAGCCAUGGCUGACAUCAUCGAGCAUUUUGACUGGAACUGGGUCAUUGCUGUGGCCUCAGAUGAUGACUAUGGACGCCCGGGCAUUGAGAAGUUUGAGAAGGAGAUGGAGGAGAGGGACAUCUGCAUACACCUGAACGAACUCAUAUCACAGUAUUUUGAGGAACAUGAGAUCAAAGCUCUGGCGGACAGGAUAGAGAACUCCACAGCUAAAGUGAUUGUUGUAUUUGCCAGUGGGCCAGACAUUGAACCUUUAAUUAAAGAAAUGGUGAGAAGGAACAUUACAGACAGGAUUUGGUUGGCCAGUGAGGCAUGGGCGAGCUCCUCUCUCAUCGCAAAACAGGAGUACCUAAAUGUAGUAGCAGGAACUAUUGGAUUUGUCCUGAAAGCAGGGGCCAUUCCAGGAUUCAAAGAAUUCUUACAACAUGUGCAACCAAGGAAGGACAGUCACAAUGAGUUUGUGAGGGAGUUCUGGGAGGAGACGUUUAACUGUUACCUGGAGGACAGCCCCAGACUGCAGGAGAGUGACAAUGACAGCACCAGCUUUAGGCCUCUGUGCACUGGGGACGAGGACAUCACACAUGUGGAGACGCCAUACUUGGACUUCACUCACCUCCGCAUCUCUUACAAUGUGUAUGUGGCAGUCUACUCCAUAGCACAAGCCUUACAGGACAUCCUCACCUGCACACCUGGACAGGGGCUUUUUGCCAAUAAUUCAUGUGCAGAUAUUAAGAAAAUUGAAGCAUGGCAGGUGCUUAAACAACUGAGACAUCUGAAUUACACCAACAGUGUGGGGGACAAAGUGCACUUUGAUGAAAACACAGACUUAGCUGCAAACUAUACCAUUAUAAACUGGCACCGGUCAGCAGAAGAUAACUCAGUUCUGUUUGAGGAGGUGGGCUAUUACAAUGUGCAUGCUAAAAAAGGAGCCAAAUUGUUCAUCAACAAGGCAAAAAUUUUGUGGAAUGGACACAGUUCUGAGGUGCCGUUUUCAAACUGCAGUGAGGACUGUGAACCUGGCACAAGGAAGGGCAUUAUUGACAGCAUGCCUACCUGCUGCUUUGAAUGCACUGAAUGCUCAGACGGAGAGUACAGCAAUCAGAGAGAUGCCAGUGUUUGCACAAAGUGUCCCAAUAAUUCCUGGUCCACCGGUAACCAUACAUUCUGUUUCUUAAAGGAAAUUGAGUUCCUGUCUUGGACUGAGCCCUUUGGAAUAGCCUUGACUAUAUGUGCAGUUUUAGGCAUCGUCCUGACAACCUUUGUCCUGGGAGUGUUUGUCAAAUACAGAAACACUCCAAUAGUGAAGGCUACAAAUCGAGAGCUGUCCUAUGUCCUGCUCUUCUCUCUAAUCUGCUGCUUCUCUAGCAGUCUCAUCUUCAUUGGGGAGCCUCAGGACUGGACCUGUCGCUUACGCCAGCCUGCCUUUGGCAUCAGUUUUGUCCUUUGUAUUUCUUGCAUUCUGGUCAAAACCAACAGAGUGCUUCUGGUUUUUGAAGCUAAGAUCCCCACAAGCCUCCAUCGGAAAUGGUGGGGCCUGAACCUGCAGUUUCUGCUGGUGUUUCUCUUCACCUUUGUCCAGGUGAUGAUCUGUGUGGUGUGGCUGUACAAUGCGCCUCCAUCCAGCUACAGAAACCAUGACAUCGAUGAGAUUAUUUUCAUCACUUGUAACGAAGGCUCCAUGAUGGCUCUGGGCUUUCUCAUUGGUUAUACCUGUUUCUUGGCUGCCAUCUGCUUCUUCUUUGCCUUCAAGUCACGCAAACUUCCUGAAAACUUCACAGAGGCCAAGUUCAUCACAUUUAGCAUGCUGAUCUUCUUCAUAGUUUGGAUCUCCUUCAUUCCUGCCUACUUCAGCACUUACGGCAAGUUUGUAUCGGCUGUGGAGGUCAUUGCUAUUCUGGCAUCCAGCUUCGGACUGUUGGUCUGUAUUUUCUUCACUAAAGUCUACAUCAUCCUUUUCAAACCCUCCAGAAACACCAUUGAAGAGGUCCGGUGCAGGACCGCAGCCCAUGCGUUUAAGGUGGCAGCAAAAGCUACCCUAAAACAUGGAGCUGUUUCUCAAAAAAAGUCCAACAGCAUUGGGGGGUCAUCCACGCCGUCUCCCUCCUCCUCCAUCAGCCUCAAAACCAAUGGGCGCGACAGUGAGCCCAGCUCCAGGCCCAGAGUGAGCCUGGGCAGCGGGACAGUCACUCUGUCUCUGAGCUUCGAGGAGUCACGCAGGAGCUCUAUCAUGUAA